AUGGCUUCCUCCUCGUCCGAGCCCCCGAAGGACAGCUCUCCUUCUGGCUCGGUCCGCAUCACCCGGGGCCAUGAAGACGAAGAAGUCCCCAGCCAGUGCCUCUCCGACCUGAGCCCUGCCUCGGAUACCACAGAAGAGUCGACUCCGAACACCGAAGACGACUUGGGUCUACUAGAUAUCGAGCCGAUCCUUAGUGAAGACAACGGCGACUGGGCUGAUCGGGACACGGUAGAUCCGGCGUUGGUUAGGUUCACGUUGGAUGAGCCCCACGCCCUCAGUCUUCCCAUCUCCGACGACCUGACAUCACCAGGCGUCUACAAACACUGCGGCUUUGAGCAGUCACCCACACCGUUUCACAGGUGGAUGAGGACUUUGCGGCGGCGUGGGCUUGGCCGGCGGGCUCCGGUCACCGAUGACGACCACACACCCAGGCCAUUUUCUGCGAAUGGCCUGCCAGACAAGCUCAACGGCUCAUGCCAUCACCGCCAGUCAUCUUCCGGGUCGUCGUUCGGCUUUGUCGAGACCGUCAAGACGGCCAGCGCCAGCCUUGCGAGCGGCAGCAUUUUUGCUCGGUCAAGACGGAAUAGCAUGCGGUCCUCCCGAUCUAAAACGCACACCGACCUCAGUAGCAGGGCAUCGAUGUCUAGUAACAGAUGUUCGGAGGACAGCGCGGGGUUGGACAAGCCACAGGUUCUGGACAAGGCAACAGUGGAGCGGUCGCUACAGAGACGCCGGAUCUUGGAGGAGCUCAUCAGCACAGAAGAGGGUUAUAUUGGCGACGUGCGCUUCCUCAUGAAUGUCUACGUCACGAUCCUUGUCUCUCUGCCCACCAUGCCCUCGGGUUUGCGAUCCUCGAUCAAUCGGAACCUGGCUGACAUCGUUGAGCUUCAUGAAGAGCUUCUGGGAGAGCUGCAUCGAGUCGUGCCUCAUUCAGAGUAUACGCAGAUGAGCAUACGCCCACAGUCAAAAACUCGCGUCCAUGGUCACAAUCGAAUUCGGAGCUUGGACGUCGUACCCGAAGACAACGCAAGCAUGUCGUGGCUAGAGACUGUCCCAGGGAUGGUCGCCGAGCCCAGCGUUGUUGCAGAUGUUGCCCAGGUCUUCACCAAAAAGAUGAACCGACUCUUCGUAUAUGAAGAAUACGGCGCGAAAUACGAGAUGAUGAUGAAGGACAUUGCGUCUGCCCACCGUGCUAUGCCGCAGUGGGAGUUGUAUCAGAAGGGGCUGGAGACACUGGCAUCCUCACUCGGCCCAGCCAGUAAACAUGGAGUCAAAUCAAAGAAGUCCUUGACCAUUGGGGACCUUCUAGUCAAGCCAAUGCAACGAGUUUGCAAAUAUCCUCUCCUGUUCUCAGAGCUGUUGAAAUACACGCCCGUCGCAGAUUCUCCGUACGCUCAUAUGGAGAUCGAGAAUGCUCUCAUCCGGCUCAGAGAGGCAACAUCCCAGGUCAAUCGAGCCACUGACGACGCACGUGUAAAAGCUGUCCUUGAGAAGACAUGGCUUUUGCAGGAUCGUCUUGUCUUCCCAGAUUCUGAACUCGACGCUGCAUCCAAAAACCGCAUUCGCUCUUUUGGCCACAUAGAGCUUUGCGGUGCGUUGCAUGCCUGUUGGCAGACAAGGGACGGAAUUCAUGGGCAGUACAUGGUCGCUAUGCUGUACAAGAACUGGCUCUGUCUCGCCUCGGCAAGCCGAGUCGAUCAAAUCUACACACUGCAGGUUUGUAUACCUACAAGCAACAUCAAGAUCGAACCAGUGGACAAUGGUCGAGGCUUGCAGUGUCAUACUGCCCCUUUCUCGUGGAAGAUCGUCUUCGAGUGCGAUUGUCAGUUGUAUGAGAUGAUGUUGACUGCUUGUAAUCCGAAAGAGGAAGACGAAUGGCGGUGCCGCCUCGCAGUUCGCUCGGUGUCGGAGCCACAGGAUCUAGCUGACCCUGAACUCUAUGGUUCACUGUUUUUGAAUAUGAAAAGCCUUAGUACCGUUUUCGGGAAACAAGGUACCAUUGCGCGCAGACUAUCCAUCCAUAGAGCGACCACGGUCGGUCCGAAAACGCCACUUUGCCAUGUCGUCGUAAGAAACACGAGCGUUGAGAAAGAAGCUACGUCUUCGUCCAACGCAACCAUCAACCGGACACAAUCUCUCCUUGCUACUAAGGGUCGCAUACCGGUGCUGGCGCCGUCUCGAGGAGACAGAGCCAGGCUGGAGGCCCUGCUCUCGGACGUGUGGACUCGAGACGUCCUCCCAUUUCCUGGAAUGACGACUCGUGCUCGCAAUGAACAUAUCAUACGCACCUCAGCGCAAUCUAUGAUGCGCAAGCUGAGUGUGACGAGCAUCACAAGUAGUUUUACCAAGCGCUCGGCCAGUUUCGCAAGCAUCACCAGAAACAGCGACGAUGGGUCUGGCGGAGAGGACGCAGUCGCUCCAGCGAUUAGUACGAAAGAAGAGCCGCCGGCGAUUCGAAUGCCGAUUGGGGAGGAAGAAAGCAACAACCUGCGAUUAUCUGUCAUCGACGACGAGUCAGAUAGGGCGACACCUUCGACGGUUCGUGCCCACUAUGAGCCUCCCGGCACUGCCACAAGUGUCGAGAGUAAGAAAAAUCCAGGACGUCAAAUGCGCAUCACCAAGAGCCCGAGUGCGUGGCAGCUUAGGGAGCUUGCGCUGGCUAAGACGCCGUCGGCCCCCGCUGCCCUCCGCGCCAAAUCCGUCAACAGCCCAGGGUUGAAGCGUCAGGCGUCUAUCCUGUCGCGGAGAUCGGUCUGUUCGGCAUUUGAUAACAGUGAUGGCUUCGGCAAGAAUAUCAAGAAGAGAAGAGCGUAUGAGCACACUGAGCCACCGUCGUCCUCGAGAGGGUCGACGCCGUCUCCGCGGAAGCAGCCUUCGUCUGCAAGGUGGUCCAAGGUGGACAUGCUGCGCCGGGGUACUGUGUCUCAGGGAAUCCGAGGCUUCUUCCGAUAG